UCCGGUCCUGUUUCGAAGAAGAAGAACAUUUUUCAAUGAACCCAGAUCAUGUUUGACCCAAACACACCACAUGAAACGCAUCGUGUUCCUGUUCGUGGCGUCUAUAGAAAUGCAGUUUCAGUAACUCUCGGAAACAUUAAUGAAGCUGGACUUUUAGCCAUCUUAGCUAACGUUAGCUAAGCGAAUGCAAACCUUACUAUGAUGCCUUUGAGUCAGAGGUGUUUUCGGUGUCUGACAGUUGUCAGAAACAGGCUGGUUAAAAUCCAGCUGAACACGGCUGGGACAAGGCGCUGCUCCACGGUCCAGCAGGGUGAUGUGAGGGUCCGGUUUGCACCCAGUCCGACAGGUUUCUUGCACCUCGGAGGCCUCAGAACUGCUCUCUACAAUUACAUCUUUGCCAAGAAGUAUGGAGGCUCGUUCGUCCUGCGAAUGGAAGACACUGAUCAGAGCAGGGUGGUACCAGCAGCUGCAGAAUCCAUAGAGGACAUGCUGGAGUGGGCCGGUGUACCUCCGGAUGAAAGUCCUCGUCGAGGUGGGUCUGUGGGUCCAUACCUGCAGUCUCAGAGACUGGACCUUUACACUCAGACGGCCCAGCAGCUUCUUGAGAGUGGUCACGCCUACUACUGUUUCUGCAGCUCUCAGAGACUCGACCUGCUCAAAAAGGAGGCCUUCAGGAACGGACAGACACCAAGGUAUGACAACAGGUGUCGUCACCUCCGGGCUGAGCAGGUCCAGGAGAAACUGGGUCAGCGAGUGCCACAUGUGGUCAGGUUUCGUCUGGAAACAGGUGUCGAGCCUUUUGAGGACAUGAUCUUUGGACGGAAUCAUCAUGAGGUGGCCCAGGUGGAGGGGGACCCCGUUGUGAUUAAAGCAGAUGGUUUUCCCACCUAUCACCUUGCCAACAUAGUAGACGAUCAUUACAUGAGGAUCAGCCACGUGCUGCGGGGGUCUGAGUGGCUCAUCUCCACCUCCAAACAUCUCCUCAUGUACCGGGCUCUUGGAUGGCAGCCGCCCACUUUUGGGCAUCUUCCGCUCCUGUUGAACAAAGAUGGCAGCAAACUGUCCAAGAGGCAGGGGGAUAUUUUCAUUCAAAGUUUCCAGAGAGACGGGGUCCUGCCUGAGGCUCUGCUGGACAUCACAACCAACUGUGGCUCUGGAUUCAACUCCAACAGAAUUGGGCGGAGGAUAGAUGAACUGAUCUCUGAGUUUAAUCCUACAACGAUCACGACACAUUCUGCUCUGUUAGACCUGGAAAAACUACCGGAGUUCAACAGAAUUCACCUGAAACACCGUAUUGAAGAUGAGCAGCAGUGCCGUUUGUUGAUCAACGACCUGCAGGGACAGAUCCAGCAGGCCUAUGCAGCAGACAUCCAGGAUAAAGAAGUGCUACAGGAGGAUUAUAUCAGGAGGGUGCUGCAUUUUCGUAAGGGUCACAUAUCCUCCCUGCAGCAGCUCGUCAGUCCUUUGUACUCGUACCUGUGGGUUCGUCCUUCCGUCUCCAGCCAGCAGGUGGCAGCACUCACUGCAGAGGCCCAGCUCAUCGCUUCUUUAGUGCUCAAAAUAAUAUCUGAGCGAGGUGAGGACCUGGCAGUGGAUCGACUCAGUAAAGAUCUGAAGACUCUGGCCAAGCAGACUAAAGCCACCAAGAACAUAGACGUGAUGAAGCUGUUACGUCUGGCUCUCAGUGGUCUGCAGCAAGGGCCCAGUGUAGCUGAGAUGAUGGUGUCUCUGGGGCCUGUGGAAAUCAGCCAUCGACUCCGGAAACUUCUGCUGCUUUCAGGGACGAGUUAAAGACUGGAGAGCCUGAUGAAGACGAGCUGUUGUAAAGACGUGGCCUGUUCGUUGACAGUAAUGGUAAUUCUGCCAACUUUAACUGGAACACAUUAAAAUGAACAACACCACUAUCACUUGAAUAAUACAGAAAUUGUAAAUAUUUUAUAAAAGAUUUAAAGUGUCA